AUGCUCUGCACCCCUUCUCCUUGUCACCAUGGGGGAUCCUGGACCCUGAACCGUGUUCUGCUCGAGGUAGAAGCCCUGAGCCCCGUGAAGCUGCUGCAGGCAGCUACCCUGAAGCACCCCUGUGAGGCUGACCCUGUUUGGUCAACUGGGAAGGGCUCUCAGGACACCUCCCCCACCUCUGAAGUCAAGGUCAAGAGGGGGGCCCACAGGGCCCAGGAGGGGGGUAUAAAGGGCCCAGAGGAGGGUGCCCAGGCACCAGACUCCCGGCACCAGGACGGGACCACAGGACUCCGCAGGCAGGAGCCCUGGACUCUCCAGCCAGAAGCCAUGCUGCUGUGGCUGACCCUCACCCUCCUGUGGAGCCCCACCUGCUGGGCAGGGGCUCUGUAUGGGCAUGGAGGAGGCUCAUAUUUCAGCACAACUAAAGACAAUGAAAAUGAGAUCGCCGGGAUCAGAGUGUUUAUAGGUAUUGCUGGCAUAAUCAAGAGUAUCCAGGUGAAGUUUGGCUCCUCUUGGAGUGAGAAAUAUGGAGCCCCAGGUGGGACCCCUCAGGAAUUUGUCCUGCAGCCUGGUGAAUACAUUACAGAAGUUGAUGGCUCCUACAGGCUUUUCCUCCGGCACCUCGUCAUCUACACCAGUUAUGGGCGUAAGGCCACAUUUGGAGAGAAGAGUGGCAGGAGCUUUUCUGCCUUCCCUGACGGGAGUGAGAAAGUGCUCACUGGAGUCUUCGGACAGCAUAAGCUUCUGGGCAUCUCCAGCAUCGGCUUUGAGUGGGAUUAUCCAAUAGUACAGUUGACCUAUGAUCAAGAAAGUACUACUCCAGGAUAGCUUGGAACUGAAACUAAGCUUGGUAAAUGAGCAGUCCUGGGUCUCCAGGGCUGGGCCGUGGGUUACCCUGCCAAGGCCGUCUGGCUGGUGGUGGGCACAAGUCACCAGGGACCUGAGUGCAGCCCUGAAUCAGAAUCCACCAAUAAAUCCAGCUUCU